AGUGAUGAUUUGCAAAGAUCGCACAAAUUAAGUAACUCGAAAAAUCAACUAUUUUGGAGAAAUUGAUAUUGUAGAGUUCCGGGGGAAACACAAGAUUUUACUAUUUUACCUCAGUAAAUUUAAUUACCCUUGUCAAUCGAUUUAAUCCAUAUUUCUACAAUCGGGAUACCUAUAAUUUGAUAGUUGUCCCUAUCGAGAAUUACCACGUACUAACUAAUUAAGACAAUUUCUACUAUCGUAGUUAACUGAAUUAAUUAAUUAGCCUUAAGAACGAUAUCCCUGAAAUGACUGCAUAAUUCCCUAUUUAAUCCACUAUCGCUUCGAUAGGCAAUUAUGUCGUGCGAAAUGUGUUCGGUUACUAGGUUUUCACUAUCGUUAUUAACCUAGAAAACUACAAAUCAUUGUGAAGGUGGCCAAUCAACACAAAGCGUUAAACAAUUCCACACGAUAGAAAAUGGAAAAAAAACAAGUCAUGAUUAAAACAUCGAGGCUAGAUAAUGAAAUCCAUAAGUUUCCCCCAGAAAUUGGGGGAUUAGUUCAUGAUGAAAAGAAAGUACAUAAACAUGCUAAUGUUCAACAUGAUGACUAACUACCAAAAACAAAGGAGUAGAGAAAGUACUAAGUGUUGGAGUUAAUCCCCAACUUACAAGAGUCUUCCUUUCUUCAAAAUGCUCAACUCCAAAGUGUGCCAAAGUGAGCUCUCUCCUUUGAUUUUUCUGUCUAAAACUAGUCUCCAAAAGUGUCACUCAAGUCUCCUAGUUGCUACCCUUUUUAAAUCCAUUUUCUGCAGAUUUAAUCCCACAAAACAAGACACUUGCAGGUCACAUUUCCAAGAGAAGACUGCUGCUAGCUUAAGUCUCUUUCUUUGCAAUAAAUUCUUGCAUCAUUUUCUCUAUUGGUGAGCCACCAAAUCCAUUUUCCCACUUCAAGAAAUCUGACCCAAUCCCAAUAAUUUCUAAGGGUUGCUGACAGUUGAGUGAAGAUUCCAACCACAAUAAUUUGAUUUAGGUCUUCAUCGAUUUGGCCUCCUGCUGGACGUUUGCCUCUGCACAUCUGCAUUUUGACACUGCACCUGCAUUUGUCCACUGCACUUUGUUUUGUUCACAAUCUUAGCUUCAAUCUGUGUUAAAUCGCUACAUGUCUUGGUAAUGACACUAGGGCCAUUCCAUGGUCAAUAUGAACUAAUUUAGAGCAAUUUAAACACAUACGUACAUAAAGAUCAAUCAUUUAUGCACAAAAUACAUAUAUGCUUAUGAAGCUUAUCAAAUAUUAUAUACCGAGACCAUAUCUGUUAACUAAAACAACAUGAUCAAUAACAUGAGAACGCUAUUAUUUCCACACCUUCGACCUCGCUUCCAGGUCAGCUUCCUUCGACCUCGCCUUAUCGAUCUCCUACACCUAUUUUCCUCCACCUCUCCUUUGACGAUGAAAAUUGCUGCAGCAGAGGAACUUUCAGCGAGAAUCCAAACAUCUGUUGUUGGAAAGAAGCAGAGAUGAGCAAAAGUGGAAGUGAAAAAGCGAGAACUAAAUUUGCUAUAGCAUUUAGUUGUUGAGUAGGAGAACUGCUGCAAUUCUGUUCCCUGCUGUAAACCUGAAGCAGCUCACCCGAUUGCCCAUGGUUGCAGCUGUUGCAACCCUGUGCAGCUGUUCCCUUCAAGAUUCAAUAUAAGAUUUGCUCAUUAAUUAUACGAAGUAAAAACCGUACGUAUAACUCUAGGGAUAUUGCCGAGAGGUGAAAGUCCCAACAAAAUCAGUCCAGAGUUCAUUGAGCGUCUUCUUUUCUUUAUUCAUGUUCGUCUUUUUCAGCUUUUCUAGCUGCAGUUCUUCCAGCAGCAAAACAAAGAGAGAUAGGAAUGAGGUGGGCAAAGUGGCAAACACUUACAGUGCUCAAGAAGUACUUCGCGAUGGCACCUUGCCUAGUGGAUCUCCUUCCUUCUCAUCGCCUUCGUUCUGCUCCUCCUGUUCCAAAUCGAUUAUGUAUUCCUCCAUGUUUGAGUUCCAUGGCGGCCCCAGCAGAGGAAACUUUAGGGUUUGCGUUGCAGAGAGAAAGGGUUAUGGAGGAGGAAAAGAUGGAAGCAAAGAGGACGUUGUAAUUCAUGGUGGGUGGAGAAGAAGAAGAAAGCGAGGUGUAGGAGAGGAAGUUGGGGAACGGGAACCAAGCUUCGCUUCGCCGGGAACUGUAAGAGAAGAAAUCAGAAAUCGAGCGGUUUCCGAGAUCGAAGGACAGAGGAGGCUAGAGCUCAAUGGAGAGGAAAUUGGGAAUGGGGGCCAAGCUUUGCCUCAGCGAAAACUGUAGGAGAAGAAAGCGGAGAGCGCACGGAUUCCAAGGCCAGAGGUCAGAAGAUGUGACCACAGGGAACAUGGGUCGUAGGCUCGUAGCUUGUUGAAGGAGCCAGCGAGUUCGAGAAGCAAACCAUAGGGCGGACUGACAGAAAGGAGGUGUGUGUCCCGAGAAUUGGGGAAAAGGACAUUGAGAGCUGUCGUGGCGGAGGCGAGGGAAAAGGGGGCAAAGCCGGGUAUCUUUCCCAGCAGAAAGAUAGCAAUCUGAGAACUGGAAGGAAACGACAAAUUAAUGUACAGUAACAUUGCAUUCUUUGCCAAUAAAGUGUACCCACAUUU